GGCGCCGGCCGGCCGGGAUCCACCGCGAGCCUGGGGCCCGCCGAGCCCGGCUGCAGGUGUACGCCUUGCUCCCUGGUGUCCCCUCAGCUUGUCCCGCCGGGGAGGUGCUGGGAGAAGGGCUGGCAGUGCGGUCUGGGGUCGUGCCUAAAGGAGAGUUCAGGGAGGCUGAUUUCUGCCGGUGCGAAAAGGGAAGGGCUGAGCAGAAGUCAUGGAUUCUCAGGACGCGGAAGGGGAGGAAACUCCGGCCAGCACCUGCUCUGGAUAUCCUGCUCCCCGACUGGACAUCUCAAUAAAGGUUGAAAGGGAGGAUGAGCCCCAGUUCACAGAUGCCCCGGACUUCACUGAGGGAGUGGUCCCUCAGGGGUAUCCUGGCACCAAACGUGACUUAGUAAAGAUGGAAAGAAGCAAACACGUGGAUGUCCUGGACUCUGCAAAGAGACGAACUACCCGCAAGAACUCCACAGGUGACUGGGCUGCGAAAGCCGUUAAGGAAGAAGGGCCAGGAGAGGACCAUACCAAGGAGUUGGAGGCCCCCUGGGUGCUGGCAGGGAAGGUCUACAAGAACCCUCUGACCCCCAGGAGGCAGCCAGGGAGCGGGCAGGACGCUCCCGCUGAGUGUACCAGGGCCCUUGGGAAACACAGCGCCAGGGCCUCCCAGCCGAGGAGCCCCGCGGGGGAGCUGGCGUUGGCCUGUGGUGACUGCGGGUGGCGGUUUGGAGAUGUGGCGUCCCUGGGCGAGCACGAGCAAAGCCACGCGGCGGAGCGCACCUUCAUCUGCACCGACUGCGGCAAGAGCUUCGGGCGGCACGCCACCCUGGUGGAGCACCAGCGCGGCCACACGGCGGAGAGCGUCUUCGUCUGCACUGACUGCGGCAAGAGCUUCACCCACAAGGCGGCGCUCACCGUGCACCAGCGCACUCACGUCCGCCAGCGCCCCUACCGCUGCGCCCAGUGUGACGGCGCCUACGGCUCCCACGCUGAGCUGGCCGCCCACCAGCAGGCCCACGCCAGGCCGGCCGUGGCCUCAGAGGAAAGUGCUGAGCCGGCUGCGCCCCUGCGGGCCCCCGAGGCUGAGAAGCCCUUCCCCUGCAUCGACUGCGGCGACAGCUUCCGCUCGCACCCCGCCCUGCUGAGCCACCAGCGCAUCCACGCCGAGGAGCGGCCCUACAAGUGCACCAAGUGCGGCAAGAGCUUCUGCUUCCACGCCGAGCUGGCGUCGCACCAGCUGUGCCACCCCAAGGAGCGCUGGUUCCCAUGCGGCACCUGCGAGCGGCGCUUCAGCUCCAAGACCGACCUGAUCCUGCACGAGCGCACCCACCCCGAGUCCAAAUGGUGCCUGUGCGCAGACUGCGGCAAGAUCUUCGCCUGCCAGGCCGACCUCAGCCGGCACCAGGCCAGCCACGCCGCCAAGGUGCACGCCUGCCCCGAGUGCAGCAAGGCCUUCAGCUACCUGACUGACCUCAUCGUGCACCAGCGCUCACACGCCGAGAGGCUCAUCUCCUGCAACAAGUGCGGCAAGGGCUUCGGCUCCCGCACCGACCUCCUGAUUCACCAGCGCAUGCACGGCGACAGCCAGUCCUUCACCUGCACCCAGUGCGGCAAAGCCUUCGGCUCCCGCACCGACCUCAUCACGCACCAGCGCUCACACGCCGAGAGGCUCGUCUACUGCAACAAGUGCGGCAAGAGCUUCAGCUCCCGCACCGACCUCCUGAUUCACCAGCGUGUGCACGGUGAGAGCCGGUCCUUCACCUGCACCCAGUGCAGCAAGGCCUUCGGCUCCCGCACCGACCUCAUCAUGCACCAGCGCAGCCACCGCGACCGCCAGUCCUACUCGUGCGCCGAGUGCGGCCGCGUCUACAGCAACCAGUCCUACCUGGUGGCCCACCAACGCAUCCACACCGGGGAGAAGCCGUACAAGUGUGCCGAGUGCGGGCGCAGCUUCAGCCACAAGUACCACCUGGGCAGGCACCAGCGGACACAUGCAGGGGGCACCCCGCCCGUGUACUGAGCCCCAGGGCCUGUGCCACCUCCACCAGGGAGUGCACGGGGAGCGGACGGGGAGGAGGGCAGGGGAGUUGCACAGCAUUGCAAGGGAGGCUGCAUGUUGCCCCCGUGGCAGGUGGAACACCGAUGACACAGAGCUGGGUGCGGUGCCGAUGCAAGUCAACACUAAGGGGGAGAGACUUCUCAGACAUGAAACUGGUGACCACCCCCUCGCCUCUCCCCCUGCAAGAAGUCCAGUGUCACGUGAAAUUUCCUUGCAGGGAGGGAAAUCUCACCCCGGAGUGACAGCUGCUUCCUAACAGGUUAUCACGAGCAAGACAGAACCGGACUAAGAGCUAGACAGAACUGUGCAUGCUACGGAGCUAUAGGAAGUUGGGCAAAUGCUGUUAAACUAAGCGUGGUGGGGGUCAAGGGGCAAAAAGCGGACUCAAGCUGGUUCUUGUUCCCCUUCAGCAGCGAGAUUUCUCUUCUGUGUCCCCUUUUCGCCCUCCCCUCCUUCUCCUGCCCAUGAGGAAUUCAACAAACAUAAGGAAAGCCACUGCCAUCACUAGACUCACCAAAUUCAUGCACAUGCUACGUGAAGGGUGUAACUAAUCCCGUACCCAGAACUGUGAGACCAGGCUAGGGUGAGGUCCUUUAGCUUGGCGGUUCAGUUCCACAAAACUGCUGCAAAGUCAUCCCCUGCCCUAAUGUUUAGGGGACCAAAACAAGUAAAAAUGGCAUUGAGCCAGCUGGUUUGAGGCCCUUCCCACCCUGAAGGAACGAGGGGCUGAGUUAGCUACGGACAAUGGGCCGUAUCCUCAACUGGUGUCAAUGGUACAGCUCCGCUGAAGCCAAGAGAGCUGGGCCAGCACCCAGCAGCCAAGUGUCUGGCCCAAAGUUAAGGGGGAUGUGAUGUAUUCCAGUGUCUAAGGGAAAGCCUGCACAACAUCAUGUGGGUGCUGUCAUAGAAUCGCAGAAUAUUAGAGUUGGAAGGGACCUCAGGAGGUCAUCUAGUCCAACCCCCUGCU